AUGAAACAAUUUUCUGAUAAUAAAAUGAUACCACUAAGAAGAUCUUUGACAAUAAAAAACGAAAAUAAAGAUCAAUAUCGAAAAAACUCAUCAAGAUCUCUUAUUCCUAUCGAGGAUCCAUUUGGAGACGCAAAUUGUAUUCCUAAAAAAGUUGGAACGAUUUUUCCACAGCUAGAUAUAUCAAAGUUGCAAGCUAGAUCAAGGUGAAACUCAAUAUUUACAGCUGCGCUAAAUAUAUUAAUACUUAUCCUGGAUUAUAUCGAAAAUCAAAUGUUCAUUGCAAAUAAAUAUGAAUCUGAUGUUUCUGAAAACAUGCUAAGGACCUGCAUUAUUUUUUUAAGCAUCAUUUCAAUAGGCUUAAUUUUACAGUAUUAUUCAAUUAAACUUUAUCUUAAAAAAGCAUAUAGGGAAUGCCAUGUUAAUAGCAGUAUUUGAGAAUAUCCUAACUUAAGGGAUAUUAUGGUGAUAGAAAUAUUUUUUUGCUGCGUAAAUGUCCCACCAUAUUGUGAUUGAACAUUUUCAUUCAAACAAAUGAACGCUUAUUCACUGAUGUCAGUCGAUGAUGUGCUGAUUUCUUUUUCUUUUAUUAGGCUUUAUUUUAUUUUCAAAAUGAUAUAUGAGUGCACAACGUACAGCUCAGAAAGAGCGGAGCAUAUAUGCAAUUUGGAAAACGUAAAGGAUAUGAUGAAAUUUGCUUUGAAAUGUUUAUUAAAUACGAAAACUUAUUUUUCAAUAUUUUUUUUAUUAGGCUUACUUAUAAUAAGUGGAGGGAUAUUGCUAAGGAUUUUUGAACGAACCAUAUCAAGCACGAAGUUUGAUUAUGUUUGAAAUGGUUUUUAUACAGUUGGGAUCACUGCGCUAGCUAUAGGAUAUGGAGACAAUGUACCAACAACCCAUUUAGGAAGAGUCGUUUGUGUAGCCGCAAGUAUUUUUGGAGUUUUCUCUAUUUCUUAUACAGUUUGGGCUGUUCAAAGCAGCAUCUCAUUUAACCACAACGAAUUUCAGAUGUAUGACUGUAUGGUUUUCAAAAAAAAUAUCAAAAAACGAUUAGAGCCUUUUGCAUCAACUGUUUUACAGAGGUGAUGAAUAUUAAUUAAAAAGAGAAAACUCAAGGAGCCUCGUCUUAAAGAGCUCAGUGCUUAUAACUCUCAAAUCAUUCGGUUUAUACUAUUAAAAAAUCAAAUGAAAGGAGAAAUCACAAAAACAAUGAAUGAAAACAUCAAUGAAUUUACUAAAUUCCAACCCAUUAAAUAAUAUAAAAUAUUUGGUUUAUUUUUAUAAAAUUAUUAUUUUUUAAAAUAUAAAUGCAAAACUUUUUAAUACCAUGUGGUGCUUCUAAAUAAAGUAUUGUAUUGAUAAUUCUUUAGCUUUUUAAUUUUCCAGAAAAUCUAUAAGUCAUACAAUACUAAGAAUCAGAUAAAAUUUAUUAUUUAUUAAUAAGAGUAAAAAAAUGAACAUUUGCAUGCCAAAAAUUUUUCACCACCUCGAGCCAAGCGAGAGAAUACUAAAAGUUGCAGUUGAAAUGACUAAUAAUCAACUAUUUCUUGCCGAAAAAAUAAAACAAGUCCAAGUAAAUCUCCGCGAAUUUAAAACAAAAUUUGGAGUAUCUCCUAAUGGUAAUGAAAGUAACUAUAGGAGAAAUUCAGACAGAAGCAAGCGAGUAACCUUAGUUGAGAUGAAAAAAGCGCAGUUUCGAGCUAUAAGAAAACUUAUAAUCCGAAAAACAAGUGAGUCAUCGUUUGGCUCACAGCAUUCUUCUCCUAGGCCCAGAAUUGAAGGCUCAAACAUGGAUUCUAGCAGCGAUGUUGGCUCAGAUAGGUAA